CUGAAUAACGGAACCAAUUUCUAUUACUUGGUGCUCAAGGGGAAAGGGAAAAAAGAAAAAGAAAAAGAAAAAGGAAAAAAAAGACUCAACAUUAGCUGACACCACUCACUCACCAUUCUCCUUCAUCACCUUCGAAUCGUUGCUAUUCUCCGAUCUACUCUCGCCGGCGAAAUCGAGCUAUGGAGAACGCAAAUGGCUCGGUUCCUGACAUCCCAAUACAGGAGCUUAAAGAGAAAGAAAAUGCUGAUUCUGUUGAAAAUUUCAGCCAGCGUGUUGAUGAAAUGGUUGGGAAGGUUGAUCAGCUUGAGCAGAGACUGAAUGAUGUUGAGCAUUUCUAUUCCAAUACUAGCAAAAAGCAAUCAAACACGCCAAGAGGUAGCUCUAUUCUGAAAGAUAAAGACAAACAGGUUUCUAGCUUUAAAAGGCGGCAGCAGGAUGCAUCACGUAGAGAAGCAGCUGGUGCCAGGAGAAUGCAAGAACUUGUACGCCAAUUCGGCACUAUAUUACGUCAGAUCACUCAGCACAAGUGGGCAGAACCUUUUAUGGAACCUGUGGAUGUUGAGGGUCUUGGAUUACAUGAUUACUUUGAGGUUAUUGAGAAGCCCAUGGACUUCAGUACUAUCAAAAGAAAAAUGGAAGCAAAGGAUGGUUCUGGCUAUAAGCAUGUCCGGGAGAUAUGUGCAGACGUUAGGCUAAUAUUUAAGAAUGCAAUGAAAUACAAUGAGGAAAGGCAUGACGUUCAUGUAAUGGCCAAAACCUUAUUGGGCAAAUUUGAGGAGAAGUGGUUGCAGCUUUUGCCAAAAGUUGAUGAAGAGGAAAAACGGCGAAAGGAAGAGGAAGCGGAAGUCCAGCAGGAUAUGCAGCUCGCUCAGGAGGCUGCUCAUGCCAAAAUGGCUAAAGAUUUGAGUAUUGAGGUAGUUAAAGCUCAGUGUCCUUCACACAACAAAAAACUUGAUGAGGUGGACAUGCAACUAGAAGAACUCAGGGAAAUGGUGCUUCAGAAAUGCAGAAAGAUGUCAACUGAAGACAAGAAAAAACUUGGGAAUGGGCUCACAAGGCUGUCUCCUGAAGAUCUUAAUAAGGCACUGUUGAUUGUGGCACAGAGUGAUCCUACUUUCCAAGCGACAGCAACAGAAGUGGAGCUUGACAUGAAUGCUCAGAGUGAGUCCACGCUAUGGAAGUUGAAAUUCUUCGUACAGGAUGUGCUACAUCCACACGGAAAGAGCCCCGCGAGCAUCGUACCAAACAACAUCAAUAACAAUAAUCUCCUAAACAACAACAACAAACGCAGAAGAGAAAUUUGUGAUGCACUCGCCAAAUCUUCCCAAAAAAGGAGUAAAAAGCCAUCCUGAUUUGUCAUAACCAACUUCUUCUUGUCACUUUUGGAGGUGUAAAUGUUUCAAGUCAUUGGGGACGUGACAAACUAUCUAUCCUCAAUGUUGUUAAUACCUCAGAAAGAACAGGAAUAGUCAUUGUAAUAAGUAGGUUUUUGUAUAGGAAAUUCCUGAUGGAUAUAUCUUACAAGCAGCUUGCAUUUGCAGAUAUACAUAGCAAUAGUGCAUU